AUCUCAAAGCCUUUAGUGCCUUAGAAAACCUUCCCAUAAAAAUUAGAUAGUGCUAUAGGAACCGAAGCCUCAUCGGUCUUUGGUAGCCUACAAGCCCUUCCAUGAGAAUGGGCAAGACCAUGUAGAGAAACCAUAGGGUUUUUAGAUUUGAACCCCGAGCAAGAGCGCCACAUUCACUCCAAGGACAAGGAGGGCCUGCCCCUCACCGCAUCACUCUGACUCAAACUACAGUCAACUCGCAUAAACAAAUUAUCUUCUACCGGUCUACCCUACCCUCCCUUUCACAGAAGGUCAAAACUCCUGAUCCCAAAAUCCAAAGCCCAAGAAAACAAAAUGGGUAAUGCCAUCACCAAGAACCCAUGCUUCUCCGGCGAACCGUACGCCGCCGCCGUCACGUCGGACCCGCUCCCGGACGACAGCCAUGGUCAUUCCUUCACCUACGUGCCAUCGGGCGGCGCCUUCGACCAGCCCCCGACGGCUGCCGCGACGUCGUCGGAGUCGUCGCUCUUCUCUCUGUCCGGCGCCGCCAUCAGCGCCAAUCUGGCGACGUCUGGGUCAAUGCCGUCGUUCCGCAUGUUCAACGAGCUGACGUGGCCGCAGUCGACCGCGUGCACCUUCGAGAGCUCGCGAUCCUUCGCCGCCGUGCCUCUCCUGGCGCCGCCGCGUACGCUGUCCAUGUCGGGGCCGGUCCAGUUCACGUCCGGCCGUUUCUCCGAGGCAUCCGGUUCCGCGUCCACCAUCUCCGGCACGCCCUCGGGCCGUGCAUUCAUGUCAGGUCCAUUUGACCGCUCCUCGUCCGCCUCCUCGUCCGCUGGGUUCCAACUGAGCGUUUCUCAGCUCAUCGCUGAGCGCCACGCCGCGCGCUCUCGCCUCCGUGAUGAGCGAUCCCUGCUACGGUUCUUCGUCGGUACGGCCUCCAAACUCCGGCUCGGGUCGCCGCGCUGUGGCCGCCGGCCAGAGGAACCUGCUCAGGUCUCCUUCAGCGAUGGGGACUCCCGCUCCCCGCCGAACGGCAAUGUGGAGUGGGCUCAGGGCAUAGCCGGCGAGGACCGCUUCCACGUCGCGGUGUCCGAGGAGCAUGGCUGGGUGUUCGUGGGGAUUUACGACGGGUUCAACGGCCCCGACGCGACCGACUACCUCUUCACCAACCUCUACGUCGCCGUGCACAACGAGCUCAAAGGCGUGCUCUGGGACGACAUUAUCCAAGCCGGCGACAGCGCCAGGUGCGGCCAGGAAGAUCAUGCGGCGGCAGGCAAUGCCGAACGCCUCCGUCUUGCUCAGGCCGACGGCGGCGGCGCGGAAGCGCCCACGCCAGGCAACAGCGCAGCAUCAGUGCACCGCGACGUGCUGAGGGCGCUGGCGCGGGCGCUGAAGAAGACGGAGGAGGCGUUCUUCGCGGCGGCGGAGGAACGCGCGGCCGAGAGCCCGGAGCUGGGGCUGAUGGGCUCCUGCGUGCUGGUCAUGGUGAUGAAGGGCACGGACGUCUACGUCAUGAACGUCGGGGACAGCCGCGCCGUGCUGGCGCGGAGGCCGGAGCCCGACCUGAAGAACGUCCUCGGCAAGGCGUCGCAGGACCUGCAGCAGUUCAAGGCCGACAUCGUGCGCGAGCUGGAGGCGCGCGAGGUGGACGGCCUGCAGGCCGUGCAGCUCACCCCAGAGCACAGCACCGCGGUCCAGGAGGAGGUGACGAGGAUCAAGGGCCAGCAUCUGAAUGACCGGAACGCCAUAGUCAAUGGCCGGGUCAAGGGGAAGAUCAACGUCACCAGAGCGUUUGGGGUCGGCUACCUGAAGCAGCCCAAGUGGAACAGCAGGCUUCUGGAAGCCUUCAAGAUCGACUACGUCGGCACGGACCCGUACGUGAGCUGCGCGCCGUCGCUGUGCCACCACCGCGUCGGGUCGCAGGACAAGUUCCUGGUGCUGUCCUCCGACGGGCUGUACCAGUACUUCACCAACAAGGAGGUGGUGGACCAGGUGGUGGAGGCGCUCACCGCCGCGGAGCCCGACGGCGACCCCGCGCAGCACCUCGUCGGGGAGCUCGUGCACCGCGCCGCGAGGAAGGCCGGCAUGGAGUCGCGCCAGCUGCUGGACAUCCCGCGCGGCGAGAGGAGGCACUACCAUGACGACGUCUCCAUCAUCGUCAUCUCGUUCGAGGGGCGGAUCUGGAGGUCGUCUGUCUAGAGGCGUCUCGUGGUUUACAUGAGAUGAGAAGAGAUGGAUGAGGCGGUCGACAGUCUCAAGGGUGUGACGGACCAGGAACUGCUGUGUUUCGUUCGUUCUUGCCGAAACUGUUGUACAUAGUUCCGAUAGAUAGGCUUAUGCAAUCCCCAAAACAAAGAAGAAAAGAUAAUGUAGUGCUAGUAUGUAAUUAGGGUCCGGUUUCGCAUGAUUGCGAUCGAAAGAAAGGGUAACAGAAUAUUUUAAUA